GGGCCGUUGUGAAAAAUGCUGAAGCUAGUGCAAUACAUAGCCGGCCGGGUGGGCGGCGCCACGCCCAGGCCGGCCGCCUGCAGCUUGGGCAACUUGCUAUUGAUUUCCCCGAGCCCCGAGAAAUGUAUAACGCAACGUCGCCAUUUUCUUUUCUCCACCAGCGGCACUUUCGCUUCUUCGCUCUGCAACGAACACCGACAACAGUUCCACGGGAGUCUCAGGAAUCUGAACCGGGAGAUAUACCCAGCUUCAGCACUACUAUCCAAAAACAGUAGUUUCCAGUCGCAGCGGGCGUUUCGAGUUAAUUCGAAACUAGACGACUCAACAGAUUCUCUCCCGAAAGCAGAGCAGCGGACGAGACGGAAGUCGCUUUUUACCGAUCCGGACGAGAAUUCAGAGGAAAUCAAGAUUGAAGGAAUAAUGGCACCACACGAUCGCGACUUUGGUCACAGUGGACGUGGCGGUCGCGGAGGCGAUCGAGGCGGCGAUGACCGGCGUGGAGGAGGCGGCGGGGGCGGAAAUCGCUUUGGAGGCGGAGGUGGCGGUGACUACCACGGCGUGCGAAACGGUCGCAUCGAGAAGCGUCGCGAUGACCGCGGAGGCGGCAACCGUUUCGGAGGUGGAGGCGGAGGAUUCGGAGGCGAUCGCAGAGGAGGCGGCGGAGGCGGAAGCCAAGACCUGCCCAUGCGCCCGGUCGACUUCUCCAACCUGGCUCCCUUUAAGAAGAACUUCUACCAGGAGCACCCCAACGUAGCGAACCGCACGCCGUACGAGGUGCAGCGGUACCGCGACGAGCAGGAGAUCACUGUGCGCGGACAGGCGCCGAACCCCAUCCAGGACUUCUCCGAGGUCUACCUGCCCGACUACGUGAUGAAGGAGAUCCGCCGACAGAACUACAAGGCGCCCACCGCCAUCCAGGCGCAGGGCUGGCCCAUCGCCAUGAGUGGCUCGAACUUCGUGGGCAUCGCCAAGACGGGAUCCGGCAAGACCCUGGGAUACAUCCUGCCCGCCAUCGUCCACAUCAACAACCAGCAGCAGCUGCAGAGGGGCGACGGUCCCAUCGCCUUGGUGCUGGCCCCCACUAGGGAGCUGGCCCAGCAGAUCCAGCAGGUGGCCACCGAAUUCGGUUCCUCGUCGUACGUGCGCAACACCUGCGUCUUCGGCGGUGCCCCGAAGGGCGGCCAAAUGCGGGACCUGCAGCGCGGCUGCGAGAUCGUCAUUGCGACGCCAGGACGCCUUAUUGAUUUCCUCUCCGCCGGCUCCACGAACCUGAAGCGCUGCACCUACCUGGUGCUGGACGAGGCCGACCGCAUGUUGGACAUGGGCUUCGAGCCCCAGAUCAGGAAGAUCGUCUCGCAAAUCCGGCCCGAUCGUCAGACGCUCAUGUGGAGCGCCACCUGGCCCAAGGAGGUCAAGCAGCUGGCCGAGGACUUCUUGGGCAACUACAUCCAGAUCAACAUUGGCUCGCUGGAGCUGUCCGCCAACCACAACAUCCGACAGGUGGUGGACGUUUGUGACGAGUUCAGCAAGGAGGAGAAAUUGAAGACCCUGCUGUCUGACAUCUAUGACACCAGUGAGAGCCCCGGCAAGAUCAUCAUUUUCGUGGAGACGAAGCGGCGCGUGGACAACCUGGUGCGCUUCAUCCGCAGCUUCGGCGUCCGCUGUGGAGCGAUCCACGGCGACAAGUCGCAAUCGGAGCGUGACUUUGUCCUGCGCGAGUUCCGCUCGGGCAAGUCCAACAUCCUGGUGGCCACAGACGUGGCUGCCCGCGGACUGGACGUGGACGGCAUCAAGUAUGUCAUCAACUUUGACUACCCGCAAAACAGCGAGGACUACAUCCAUCGCAUCGGACGUACAGGACGAUCAAACACAAAAGGCACAUCCUUCGCCUUCUUCACCAAGAACAAUGCCAAGCAGGCCAAGGCGCUGGUCGACGUCCUCAGAGAGGCUAAUCAGGAAAUCAACCCUGCCCUGGAGAAUAUGGCCCGCAACUCGCGGUACGACGGUGGCGGCGGACGCUCCCGGUACGGAGGCGGCGGCGGUGGCGGUCGCUUCGGCGGCGGCGGCUUCAAGAAGGGCAGCCUGAGCAACGGACGAGGCUUCGGAGGGGGUGGCGGCGGCGGCGGCGAGGGCAGACAUUCGCGCUUCGACUAGAUCAAGAACAGAAGAGCAGUAAUAGAAGCUAUAGAAACAGGAGAUUUCAGUAGCUAAACUAAACCGCGCUAGGCCCUAAGUUAAAUUAAGUUAAUAGCCUAAGUUUAAGUUUUCGUACAAUUUUCACUGAACCGCUAACGGUUAUUCUCAGAUUUUAAUUCAGACAUUUAACUCCAAUGGAACACAAAAAACCAAGCUAUUUGAACAUAGCGACUUUAUGUUUAAAUGAUUUGUAAUUUAUUUGACGCUGAACCGCAAGGUCGGCCUAGAAUCCAAUUGAAAACAUCAAAAACACUCUUUACUUAAACGCAAAAACCCAUUUUCAAAUAUGAUGUGAUAAUUUCUUAAUUUAAUGCAACGUAUCACUAAACUAAAACACAUGGAAACGUAGCGCGAGGAGUUUAAUGAUGUGGUCGAAGAAAAGAAGGAGGAGGAAGUAAGGAUCAUUCCCGUUUUGAUGACGAUGAACAAAGGCUGACGAGCGACCUUUGUUUGAUAAAUAAAUUCUUCAGCUUACUUUUGGAAAAUUAACUUUUUGGAUACCUUUUAUGGCUCAAGAAGAAUGUGUAAAGGAAGUGAAAUAAAAGGAAAAUCACAUUAACUACUUUAACACUAAAUACAAAGAAAAAUCUGUAUGUACAAGAUGAGAAUUUCUCACUUACAAUUUAAUUUUUCGGAAAAAAUAAUAAACGUGUGUAUGUAUACCUACCUACUACAACCUAAACCAACAA